AUGCAGCUUCGUUUCCUCGAACCCUUGAACAUUUCUAGUUGCCAGACAAAAGAAUUCAAGGAGAUCGAAGGCGAGCUGGUCAGAAAAAUCAAAGCAGAACACAUGGGAUAUCUGUGGUUCUUUGGCAUCACCGAAGAUACAUUCUACCAACUUCAGGACGAAACCUCACGAAGCACCAGGCGCCUACACUGCUUCUACAAUUUCGACGAGCAGAAGCUCCGCGUCAGGAUGCCCGGGAGAGUUCACGACAGUCUCGCUGCCCAGCUUUUCUUCCUGAUCUGUGACAAGCUGAAAUCGGCGGGCCUACUCAACACUGCUUGUGUACCGAACCUCUCCCCCUUGAUUAGACUUGGGAACAUUGCCGCUGAGCCAGAUGGAUGCUGGGGCCCCUUAAACAGCGAGCACUUCACAGUUGGCAUUGAGGUCGGGAAUUUAGAAAGCGACAACGAACUCAGUCAUGACGCUCGACAUUGGAUCGAGCAUGCCGAAUCAUCCUUCCAGAUCUGCCUCAUUGUCAAGCUCAGCAACAAUCCCGAUACGAUUACACUUUCCGUCUGGCGGCCACAAAAUCACCCUAAUUCCGGCUCACAGCUCCGGAGAAGACAUGUUUCCGCGAUUAUCACCGAUACCGCAACUAUCACUCGGGGCCGUCCCGAUCCUGUGGUCCGAUUCGAAAGUCAUAUAUCGCCCAUACUCACUCCAACCGAGAUCCGACUUCCUGUAGCAGCUUUCACUGGGUAUCAGCUUCCGCCUGGUGUUCAUGUCAACUUUGGGGAUAGUAUUGUCCUGACAGAAGAAGACUUGAUAGAGUUUGGGAGACUCCACUGGAUUCCGGGAAAUGGUUACCAGUGA